UUUUGUAUAAUCAUCGUAUAACAUUGAUGAACCGGCAGCAAUUGUCCAAUGAUAGUGUAAUUUUUCAAUACCCUAAAUAAAAAUUUUGAUAGAGAAAUGCUCGAUUUACCUGAAGGCUUGGAAGUCACUGACUAUACGUUAAUUUUGCCAUCAGUAUCAGUCGGAAACGUCGGCCAAUUAAGCGUCGACUUAUUAAUUUCAACAUUGGGUUUACGACGAAUCGGUAGGAUAUUCGAUACAUCUUUUAUACCUUUAGUUGGUGCUGAUCCUUACGACGAAAAUAGUGAGGAUAUUUGCACUUCUAUUGAUCUCUAUGCAUCAGAUGAGAAAAAGCUUGUUGCUUUACAAAUUCGAUCCCCGUUAGUUAAUAAGCCUUCCAAUUUUUUUUAUGAAAUUUUAAAUUUCGUCACAGAUCAUAAAAUUUCAAAGGUCAUUAUUUUAACAAGUAGUUAUGGCCAUGAAAAAAGGGAUGAACAGAUUCGAACAGUACCAUUUCGUUACUUAGCAAACGAAAAAGUUACAGCCGAAUAUGACAAGAAAUUUGAAGAAUUGUCUUGGGUAGCUUUAGAGCCAAAACUAUUGGAUGAUUUCAGUGGACAAACCGUACUGCAAAUUCAUGGUGGUGGAUUCGCAAAAACAUUAUUUGAACUGUUACAGAAAAAUAAUCUAUUUUGUAUUAUUCUAUUGAAAUUUUGUUCAGAAGGAGACAACAUUCCUGAUGCUAUUGAGUUAACAAACUAUUUCAACCAGUGGCUUCAACUUAUUCCUACAGAUGAAAAGAAUACUUGUAAAUUACAAUUUCCACCUUCAUGGAAAUUUUUGUUCGGAAACUUACCUCCAAGAGAAUUAUAUUAAGUUAAAUUAAAAUCAUUUUUUAAUAACAACAAUUUUGUUUUUAAUAAAACUUUUGUUCU